AUGCCACUCCACGUCCUCGCCCUCUUCCUCCUCCCCAUCAUCUCUCUCGCUCCUCCUCCAACACUCUCGCUCUUCACCGUGGCGCCGCCUCCGCCGGCGCUGCGGUCCUUGCUCUUACUCUCGCCAAUCCAAAAGGACCACACAACCCUCCGGUACACCCUCUCCAUUUACCCGAGGACCCCUCCCCAACGCCUCGACCUCCUCCUCCACCUCGGCGGCCGCUUCUCCCGGGUCGAUCGCUACUCCGGCGGCUACUCCUCCGCCACCUACCGCCACAUCCCUUGCAACUUCUCCGUCUGCAUCCCCCUCGACUCCCUCGCCUGCGGCUACCGCUACGACCGCCCACCGGGCCCCACCUGCUCCAACGACACCUGCGAGUACUUCCCCGAGAACCCCCUCACCGGGAAGGUGGGCCUUGAGAACGCCCUUCUCGACGCCCUCGGCCUCCCUUCCACCGACGGGUCGAGCCUCGGGCGCGUGGACGUCAUUCCCGACUUCCCCUUCUCCCGCGCCAAGCCCGACCUGCUCGCCCAAUUCCCAAAGGGGACCUCCGGCCUCGCCGCACUCGGGUUCUCCAAUGUCUCCCUUCCCGUGCAGGUCACCGAGGCCCCGUCCCCGCCGCGGUGCUUUGCGUUGUGCCUGUCUGGUUCGCGAACAGCCUCCGGCGUGACCUUCGUGGGCACGGCCGGGCCGUACAACUUCAUCCCCGGGAUAGACCUCUCCAAGGGCCUCACUUAUACGCCGAUCCUCCCGAACCCACCGGGAGACACCGUGAUCACAUACGCGCGGCGCCCGGCGGCCGAGUACUACGUCGGCGUGACAGCUGUCGUGGUCAACGGGAAGGCCGUACCGCCGAACGCCACUCUGCUGGCGAUUGACCCGGAGAGCGGUUACGGCGGGACAUUGAUCGGCACCGUCCCGCCGUACACCGCACUCCGGACCUCCAUCUACAGGGGCGUCGCCGAGGCGUUCGAACAGGAGGCCUCCACCGCAUUCAACCUCACCGGGACACAGCCGGUGAAGCCGUUCAGCUUGUGUUACUCUGCCACAUAUGUGGCCGGCACCCGCGCAGGCCCGGCCGUGCCGGCGAUCGACCCGGUGAUGCAGAGCGAGGAUGUGUUACGGAGCGUGCUGGGGGCGAAUUCAAUGGUGAGGAUCAAGAGGAAGGAGACGGAUGUGUGGUGCCUGGGACUCGUGGACGGCGGGGCCGAGGCGCGGGCCGCGAUUGCGAUUGGAGGGCACCGGAUGGAGGACAACCUGUUGCGGUUCGACCUCAAGUCGAUGAGGCUGGGGUUUAGUUCGUCGGUGCUGUUGCAGGGGACCGCCUGUGCCAAUUUCAACUUCACGACGGACGGAGACGGUCAUUUGUGGGCUUUUUUCCAAACCAGAAUAAAUUGUUAG